GCGUGCGGCAGGCGUAGAGCGCACAACACUCUGACGGAGAGAAACAGAGAGAGAGUGAGAGAGCUAGUGUCGACGAAGAGAACGAGUAACAUUAGCGCAAUUGCACAAAGUGGUAUCUGUUAGUCGCAUCUUUAUGGUGCAACAUGUUUUAUGCGUUGUUUGCGCAUUAACCACGAACAUUUCGCAAUCAAAGAAUCAAUAAUGCAAUAAUUGUGACAGCAACAGCAGCAACAGAAGCGACAUCAACAAGAGCAAUUACAAGAAUAACAACAACAAUUACAACAAUUUUACUAUAACAACGAUUGCAGCAGCUGACGGUGUAACAAAGGCGAUAAACGAUUAACGAUUAACGAUUACCGAUUAAAGUGCGCAGCCAACGAUUAUCGCUGCAGUCCAAAAAUGUCGCUGCAGCAAAGCGUUCAGCCAGGCAAAUGCCAAACGGAUGUCAAUAAGCGACAGCGACAGCAGCAACAGCAACAACAACAUCAACAACAGAUGCAACUGCAGCAGCAGGCACAGCAACAACAACAACAACAACAGCAGCGACAGCGACAGUCAACGCAGCUGCUGCCGGUGAUGUUAAUGCUGCUGAUGCUGACGUUGCUCACGCGUCCAUUGAGCGCCUACUCGAACCUUAACAAGUCGGAGCACAUUUUCUUUGGUCUCUCGGAUACCAAACUGCACGAGAUCUAUCUCGACGACAAGGAGAUCAAGCUGAGCUGGAUGGUCGAUUGGUACAAGCAGGAGGUGCUCUUCCAUUUGCAGAACGCAUUCAACGAGCAGCAUCGUUGGUUCUAUUUGGGCUUCUCAAAGCGCGGCGGUCUCGCCGAUGCGGACAUUUGUUUCUUUGAGAAUCAGAAUGGCUUCUUCAAUGUGGUCACCGACACCUACACCAGUCCGGAUGGUCAUUGGGUGCGCAAGGAUUACCAGCAGGACUGCGAAGUCUUCAAAAUGGAUGAGUUCACCUUGGCUUUUAAACGCAAAUUCGAUACCUGUGAUCCGCUCGAUUUGCGGCUUCAUGAGGGCACCAUGUAUGUGGUUUGGGCUCGUGGCGAAUCUGAGCUGGCCCUAGAGGAUCAUCAGUUUGCUCUGCCCAAUGUGACGGCACCGCAUGAGGCUGGUCUCAAGAUGUUGCAACUGUUGCGUGCCGAUAAGAUUCUGAUACCCGAGAGCGACUUGAAUCAAAUUGAAAUCACAUUGGAGCAGGCUUCAGUUCCGGUGCGUGAAACAACGUAUUGGUGUCAUGUGCAGCGACUCGACGAUGUGACAAAGCAGCGACUGCACAUUGUGCAAUUCGAGCCAAUCAUUAAAACACCGGGCAUCGUCCAUCACAUGGAGGUCUUUCACUGCGAGACGGAUCCGCAUGUAGAGAUACCGCUAUAUAAUGGUGACUGCGAGCAGCUGCCCGCCGAGGCGAAAGUCUGCUCCAAGGUGAUGGCAUUGUGGGCCAUGGGGGCGAGCACAUUUACGUAUCCACCAGAGGCUGGCCUGCCAAUCGGUGGUGAUGGCUAUAAUCCCUAUGUGCGACUCGAGGUGCACUUCAAUAAUCCCGAACUCCAGACAGGUCUCGUGGAUAGCUCGGGCUUUCGCAUUAAAUUGUCAAAGACGCUGCGUCAAUACGACGCCGGCGUGAUGGAACUGGGCCUGGAAUAUACCGAUAAAAUGGCCAUACCACCAGGACAAACGGCCUUCCCGCUGAGCGGAUAUUGUGUCGCCGAUUGCACACGGUCUGCGUUGCCGAGGACGGGUAUCAUCAUCUUUGGAUCGCAGCUGCACACGCAUUUGCGUGGCGUUCGCGUCCUCACGCGACACUUUCGCGGCGAACAGGAGUUGCGCGAGGUGAAUCGCGAUGAUUACUAUUCGAAUCAUUUCCAGGAAAUGCGCACUCUGCAUUACAAGCCACGCGUUUUGCCGGGCGACGCAUUGGUCACCACAUGCUAUUACAAUACGCUUGCCGAUGCAAAUGCCACGCUCGGGGGAUUCUCCAUCAGCGAUGAGAUGUGCGUCAACUAUAUACACUACUAUCCGGCCACCAAGUUGGAGGUGUGCAAGAGUUCCGUUUCGGAGGAGACGCUCGAGAAUUAUUUCAUCUACAUGAAACGGAAGGAGCAUCAGCAUGGCAUCCACUUGAACGGGGCACGUUCGGUGAAUUAUCACAGCAUCGAGUGGACACAGCCGCGCAUUGACCAGCUGUAUACGAUGUACAUCCAGGAGCCGCUUAGCAUGCAAUGCAAUAGAUCGGAUGGCCAGAGGUUUGAGGGUCACAACUGGGAGGGCGUUGCGACGACGCCAGUGCAAAUCAAAAUACCCAUCCAUCGCAAAUUGUGCCCCAACUACAAUCCGCUCUGGCUGAAGCCAUUGGAGAAGGGCGAGUGCGAUUUGCUUGGCGAAUGCAUCUACUAGAAUGUGAAUCAGGAUGUGAAUGUGAAUGUGAAUCGGAAUCGGGAUGCGAAUGCAAGUGUGGCAAAUGCGAAUGCGAAUGCGAACUACGGAUUGCAAUUGUAAUGGAUUAGAUUGCAUUUGUGUUGUGGGUCACGGGACGGGACGGGGCGGGCAGAAAAUUAAAGGGGGUACACACACACACACACACAAACUGAGUUGUAACUAUGGAUUUACACGCUGUUUUUGCCGCUUCUGAUUUCCACUUUCUUGAUGUAUAUUUUUUUUUUUGUGUGUGGUGAAUUUGCUACGAAAGUGGAAACGUAGAAACUUGGCAAAGCAGCUUCUUCAUUAUAUUCAUUUUAAUGUUUUUUUUCUCUUCUUUUUUCUUCUUCUGCGUCUUCUCUUGUUGUGAAUUGUCAUCAGCAGCAGCAGCAGCAGCAGUUUUAUCGUGAAAUGAAAUCGAGAGAAGACAAAAGGCCAACGAGGCGAGCGAAUGUGAAAACUUUCUCUAAAUAACUAAUGAAUCUUCUUUUUUGUUUUCGUUUUGGGAGGCUCAACUCGAGUCGAGUUGAGUUGAGUCGAGUUCGCUUUGCCUUUGAAAUUGCUGCCAAUUGCCGACAGCGGGCAAAAAUUGUAGCAUACUUUUCAGCGCCAGCUUAAAGCAAAUGACACAAACAAAGCAACAACAAAAAAAAAAAGAAAAAGCGAUGCCAAAGAAAACGACGAUGAACAAGAAAGAUGAAAGCAGAGAGCAUAAAUAUGAGAGAUGGGGGAUGGCGUCGAAUGGUCGCUUGGGGCGAGGCAGUUAGGCCGACGGCCUAAGAGGGAGAGGGAAAGAGAGACGACAGCUGAAACAGUUUUCAAUGAGCUAACGGCACUGUUUAUACAAUAUAAAUGAGCCAACUUUUGAGCCAGAGUCGGCAUCAUGCGAAUGGCAAGAUAAAAGGAUGCGACUGCAUCAACUGCGACUGCAACAGCGACGUGGCAAACUCUAAUUACCAGGACCAGAAGAGCCUACAGCAAACGUCUCUCUCUCUCCCUCCCCCUCCCCCAUUCUCUACCUCUUCCACUCUAAUGAAUGCAACUCUUGAGAGGGAACAAUGCCAACAGCCAGGCAAAAGUCCUGACCAAUACAUGACGAUUGAAUGUGCACAAUCGCACAACAUUUGCAAUUAUUUGCAAUGCAGCUCAAAUCAUGCAUGGUCAACUCUCUUAUUCAUACAAUAUGUUUAGCAUAUAUACAAACUACGCUCGUUUGCAUUCACAAAAGCUAAUCGUGGUUAAACUUGCAGUGAAUAUAAAUAUUCAAAGUACAUUCUAAGCAUUCACAUUAUUGACUGCAGCCAUUCAGUCUCUGUGUGUGUUUGCUUGCCAUUCACACAUGUUCGCUAAAACUUCAAAGCGUGCGUGACACGACCUUGCACGACUCACAUCUCUAGCGUCGCCAUUUUUGCUUUGCAAUCUAGCUUGUUCACUCCACUCACUGAGUGAUUCGUUUAUGCUCUUUAUUUUGAUACCCGCCUAGUUGCUACUGGUCUAAGUAGCUUUGGUUAUAAAUCUGGUAUAUUUUCAAUGUAGUACUAUAA